AUGACUCAAAUACCCACGCCACCAGCAUCGCGACCGGGCUCAGAGACACCUGAAGUGAAGGUGAAACCGGAAGCUUUAGAUUCGGUCCAAUGUUUGGAUGCACUUCUUGAGAAAUACUUGCACCUGCUUGAUCGGCAGCAGAAACUACAUGCAAACCUGGCAGAACAGCUGUCGUCGGGGUUUUUCUCUCUCGCCCAGGCCAAUUUCUCCAGUCCUCCUGGCCGUCGUUAUGGUCCUGAUUAUUAUGAUGGACGCAUGAAAGCAAUGAGGAAGAUAUCAAUCCAAUUCGAACGAAACACGGAGGAAUCCACAAACGAUCCGCAAGAAAAAGAGGAUAUCACUGCUCUACCUGGCUCUGAAUUCACAUUCUCCAUCAAUACCAUACCCACUUAUCGACCAGAGAAAGCUGAUGAGAACAAUGAAACCAAGGCUUCUUCUCCGGUCCUAGGUGGACAUGUUGAGGCCUCCGGGGAAACUAGCCCGGCCGAGACGGCUAGCUCGAAGCCUUCAGAUGAAGCAGAACCCGAAACCAUCCUUGUCGAAAAAUCAAAGCCCGUCUCCAAAAAGUUCCGCUCUGCCGAUCCAAUUCACUGGUAUGGAAUAUUGGUCCCCCAGUCGCUACGUAGGGCGCAAGAUUCCUUCGCAAAUGCGAUAGAAAAUCAGGUGCCGGAUUUGGCUAGUACAACAGUCGAAAUGCGAGCCCUAGAACAGAAGAUUAGCCGCGCACGGGCUCAGCUGGGAAAUUGA